AUAGUUUUUUGAUCCGUUCGAUCCGGAUUUUUCUUUCUCUGGUUGUGUUGCUCUUGUAUUUUGCGAUUUUUGCGGUAUUUCGUACCCAGUUUUUUCGUUUAGACACGUUUGUAGUUCAAUUUAGUAUUGUCAUUGUCGCCAUCUUUGUCUCGCAAAAUGGUUCCUAACCCUACAGACGGCAAUACUGAAGCCGACACAUCGUGUAUUACACAAGACAUAUUCGAACGAGAUCUAAUUCUCGACGAAUUAAAGAGAACGUUACAGUUCGCAGCGACAAAUACAGAUCAAUUUCGUUCAAGAACGACAGAUUUAACAGUGCAUCAGCGAAAGUUUACUAAGAUUCAAACUAAAAUCGAAAAAGCGUUAAUUAAAUUGCAAAGCUUCAACAAAGAAGCCAAUAUUAAGAUUCGUAACGAUUUUAAUGACUUGUAUUACGCGAUAGUUACACAUUUAAAUAACCUAAAGGAGGUAGACGUAGAAAGGCGUCGCGCGAGCCGCGCGCUUACCCCCAACGAAACGCUUAGCAACGAUCGUCGAAAUUUACCAAAAUUAUCGCUUCCCGAAUUUGACGGCGAACCGACUGGUUGGCCUGCCUUUUUCGAUUUAUUUCAAUCGCUGGUACACAAUAACAAUGCUUACACGGAUGUGGAGAAGUUUAGGUAUUUGCUCCUUUCUGUCAAAAACGAGCCACAUAAUUUAAUUAAAUCAAUUCCCAUAACGGAAAGUAAUUAUGCAAUUGCGCUCGAUAUUCUAAAAUCCCGUUAUGACAAUAAACGCAUUAUUGCAUCACAACAUCUAGAUAAGUUGUUCGAUAUAGAUAUUUGUUCCGCGCGAUCAGCUGUUGCCAUGAGAAAUUUACUUAAUGUUUAUCACGAAAAUAUAAAGGCGCUCGAAGUAAUGGAUUUUCCGGUUAAGGAAUGGGAUUUCGUUCUGUUAAAUUUAUUAUUACGUAAGAUUCCCGUGAAUACGCGAAAAGAAUAUGAACGUUCCUUAACCAACCCGGGCGAAAUACCUAAAGUUCAGGGCCUAAUUACUUUCCUCGAACGCGAACUUUCAGCGGAACAGAUGAUUUCAGUUUCCCAUACACAGUCCACUCGAAACAAUUCCUUAAAAUCAAACAUUCCGCAGCCGAUUAUCAAUGAAGCUACGGAAUCAGUUGCCGUCUCGCUCGCUCUUACGGAGCAGCCCGGCCCUAGCAGCCCGUCAGCAGUUCACGGCGUGAAUGAACAGAGUUUAGGUAGUUUAGGGAAACAACCUAGCACGGGACUCGCUUUAGCCGACCCUGAAUUUCACAAACCUCAGCCGGUCGACAUGAUACUCGGCGAGGACAUUUUCAUGGAUAUUGUUCGCGAUGGCAUUGUCAGAGGUAAACCUGGCACGCCCACCGCAAUUAAUAGUGUGUUUGGUUAUUUGCUAGGAGGGCGAUACGUGGUCGCUCUGCCAUUCAAGCCCGAUGCACCGCCGCUCGGCGAGUCUCGGCAAAUUGCCCUAGCACGAUUCCAUAAAUUGGAAUACCGUCUAGAACGUAACCCCCAGUUGAAGGCGGAUUAUCACGCUUGCCUCCAGGAGUACGUGGAUCUCAACCACAUGGAGCUCGCGGACGAUAACCCCCCCGCUGGCCGCAUCCUUUGGCGCCAAUCGCCCGAGAAGCCUCUGCGCGAUUAUAGGCUUCGUACCGUUACCUUCGGUAUAAGUAGUUCCCCUUAUCUCGCCUUGCGCACAAUUAAACAGCUAGCUCACGACGAAGGUGAGCGUUUCCCGCGCGCCUCCCCAGUCUUACUCAAUGACGUCUUUGUUGACGAUGUGGUAACCGGUGCAGAUACCACAGCCGAGGCUCUCGCUCUGCAGCAGGAGCUGAUAGAUGGAGUCGUGAAUAUCUCCAUCAACUGCAGCAGAGUACAAAGUGGCUUCAAGAUCGCGGUCCCGCCAUCCGUGAAGGCACUGUUGUUGUGGUAUGCGAUGACCACUUGCCGCCGUUACAGUGGAAACUCGCGCGCGUUCAUGCUGUCCAUCCGGGCACUGAUCACGUUAUUCGCGUCGUAA